UCUUCCAGACAACCGCCGGGAGGCGACAGGGUGCACUAACUUCACUGCGCUGGGUUUCUGCUUAACGUGAGUCGCACCAGGACUGAAUGGAGUCAUUCUACCCUUUACUCUAACUAAUUGCAGUUGGAUUAUCGCCUAUGCACAGUAUUAUCUUUCUUGAGAAGUCAAUCGCAACAACUGUGGCCGAGAAGAUAUAUUUUAUUGUAAGGAGUGUCAACACAUUGUCACCUCACAGCUGCUGGUCUGUCAACUCAUGGUGCGACGUUAACGGUGGAAAUUAAAGUCCGUCAUGUUCAAUCCACACAUCCAUCAACAACAGCAGCAGCAGCAACAACAGCAGCAGCAACAGUUUCACCAGCACCUGCGACAGCUACAACAACUUUUCCAACAGCAGCCUCCACCUCCGCCGCAGCCGCCACCUGGACAUCAUGUCGCCCAUCACCACCACCAGGCACAGCGAGCCAUUCCCGUCGCUCCCCAGACAGCCCCUCCUACAAGGAUGGUCAACCUGUGCCAGGCAACCCAGACUACUAUCCUCGCCCCCAAUCCCAUGCUGCAGGGGGCCCUGCUGAUGCAGCAGAUGCAGGGUAACAUGCGGGCUUUUGGGAUGGCUGGACAGCAGUUCCGUCAGUUCUUCACUGCUAGAUCCAGAUCCUCUCUGCUUGGGCCGGUUCCCAUGGGCAUGGCCAUCAAGUCCCCCAUGAUGGGUUUCCCAGCCGGUCGAUCAUUCCACCCACAUGCUCGCUACUACAACAACAACAACAACUCCUCCACCACCACAGCCUCUUCCUCCUCCUCUUCCAUCACUAUUGUAGACACUGCUGCUCGCCAACCAGACAGGAAGAGGGACAGUGAGCAGAUGGCAACAGAGAACACAGACAACCAACCAGCAGCUAGCAGUACCAAUGAAGCUGACAAGACUGAAACAGAUGGUGCCAUGGGAGUAGCCGAUGAACCCACACAGCCGUCCGAGGAGAAAGUUGAAGAACCUGUAGUCAAAAAGCAGAGGACAGAGGGGUCAGAGGAACAAUGUGUUGUUGAGACGGUCAUGAUUGCAGAUACAGAUGGGGAAGUUCUGUCUUCAGAGUGUAACAGCAACACAGAGGACAGCCAGCCUGAAGAUUGCAUCAUUCUGGAAGAAGGAUGCUCCAUGGGGAGUUCAGGUGUUGUUGACGCAUUGGAGGAGAGCAAAGCUGCUGAGGUGCACAGCUGUUUGUCAGCCCCGUCCCCUUCUGCCAGGCUGAGUGAAGAUGGUUUACUCUUAGAGGAGAUGCCCCAGGCCAAAGAUGCCCCUUUGGCUUCACCAGACAAGCAGCCGGAAGAAGAGGAUGGUGUAGUGGAGGGUGCCAGCACGUUCUACUGCUACCUCUGCAGCAUUACCUGCCACAACCAGCAAAACUUCAGGAGUCACAUGAACAGUGUUUCCCACCAGCAGAGGAUGAUGGAGAUCCAACACAUGAGCAACGCUUGCCUGGUCACCCUGCUGCCACGGGUGCAGGAGUCUCUACAGGAAGCAAUCAAAGAUGGAGAGAAGAAAGCUGACUUGAAGCAUUGGUGUGCCACCUGUCACACCCACUUCACCAGUAGCAUCAUGGACCACCGUCGCACCGAGGAGCACAAACUCGCCAUAGCCAUCUCCUCCUGCACAGUCUGUAAGAAACACUUCAGGACCUCCCAGAUUUUUGUGGAGCACUUGCAGUCCCAGGAGCACAGACAGAAAUUAGAGAAGCUCCAGGAGCAGGAGGGCAGUGAGGCCUUAGGCAAGCUGACGGCUAUGGACACAGACGGCUUCUCGUUGGAAGAGGUGGAGGGCAGUGAGGUGGGGGAGGGAGAGAAAAGCCAGAUAAAUGAACAGGUACAGGAUGACUGGUCCUCCCUUAAAGAAGUAACUCUAAAGGACAUGGCCAGUGAUGAGCAGUAUAACUCUGACACAGUCUACGGGUCCAGUUUUUUUGUUCCAGUGGCUGGUUUCAUCUGCAGACUCUGCAACAAGUUUUACCACUUUGAAUCAUCUGCCCUACACACCCACUGCAAAUCAAUCCUGCACUUUGAGAACCUCAAGAGGUACAGAGAGUUGCUGGGUCAAAAGAGUGGAGCUGUGGAAUCAUCCAGCGAGUCUCUACUAGCUGCAGACGGCCUCAGACCGGCAACAGAAACCACCACAGACUGUAUGGAAGAAAAUUCCCUUUCUGAGGAGAUUGGUUUAGUGAUGAACUCUGUCCAGCCCAUCAUUACCCUCACCAAACUGAACAUGCAGACAGAAAACCAGCAACAGGCAGAACAAGCAGAACCUGACCUAACAUCACAGGACUCUAUCAGCACCUCAGCAACCAGCACUGGCAACAUAGACCAAGAGCUCAGCCUACACAUCAAGGAGGAAGGGACCACAUCCCAGGCCUCUGUCGUUCUGGAGAUUCCAGCCGGGCUGCCUGCUGGUAGCAGAGAGGAGCCAGACUUGGAGCCAGCAGCUGCUGCUGAGGAUGCACAUGAAGACCAGAAGGAGAGGGAAGCUCCUGCUGUCCCAGGGAAAAAGAAUGGCACAGGGAAGGCAAAACCCAAACGCAGGUCAGGCAGGGCCACUAACAGACGCUGAGUCACAAAUAGGAUGUGGAAAGAGUGGGAACCUGGCACAAUCGUAACCUUAGGACAGGAUGUGUCAGUAUGUGAAGAGAUUCUUCCAUGAAACCGAGACCAAGAAGUGAACAGCCGUACCUCUCUCCAUGUUGGGAUGUCUGAAUAAACCACACACCAAUAAAUAGGAAGAAUGAUGGUGAAUCACGGUGAAGCAUAACUUCUUUUGUGAUGCUCUUCCUGGGUGGGAAAUUUAACACCCGACAGCUGUUGCAUACAUAUUAAAUCAGGGAUGUGUGGCUAUGUAUCUUCAUAUUGGCUACCAGGAAUGAAUCUCCAGCCUCGCAGUUUGAUUACAGCAAUCAAAAUGAGAUCACUAUAAGAUCUGGGAAAAGGAGCUCAGAACAAACAAAUCUUUCCAUAUUAACAAAUCU